GUUGUGUAGUUAUCCUUCUUCUCCACUGAACAGAAAUCAAUUUGGCAAAAAAGCAACAAUGAUGAUGCUGAGAGUCAGAUCCAUGGAAUCCAAAGAAACCCUAAAGAUCGACAUCCCCGGUUGCUGGUCAUUGCAGCAACUCAAAGACACCAUUUCACAUGUCAUCUCAUCAUCUUCAUCUUCUUCUCUUCAUCUAUCCCUCAACAGGCGGGACGAAAUCCACGCUUCCUCGCCGGACGACUCCAUCAAAUCUCUAGGCAUCGCCUAUGGAGACCUCGUCUUCUACACCUUCAACCCCACCGCCUUCUCCCCCGAAACUCAAACCCUCCUUCACAAACCCACCCCACAAGAACCAGUCAAUUCAUGCGACGUGCCCUCGAUUCAACACUCUUCUGAAAUCCUCAUGGUUGACGCUCCCUCGAUUCCCGAGGCGGAAAUGAUUCCGUCUUUGGAGUCUUCAGCUGCGGAAACCGUCGAUAUGGCUGAUGGGUCUGGUGGAGAGGAAGCGGUUGUCAGGAAGACCAAUUCCGAAGCUUCGUUCUUCAAAAGGGUGUUGAAAGAAGCGAAUGGAAAUGACGUUACCGACCUCAAGUUGUUGGUUCUCGCGGUACAUGCUGUUAUUCUGGAAUCUGGGUUCGUUCGUGCUGAUAAGAUUUCGCCUUUGUCGGUUGGUUCCUCUCCUAUUCUGGAUGAGUGGCCUUCAGCUUCAGCUUCUUCGAUAUCGUUGAGGUAUACUCUGCCUGAGAUUCUAACUAGUGAUUCUGGUGUUUCGCGUACUGUGUUAUUGAAAUUUCAGACAUUAGGGCAUCUUGUGAAUGUUUAUGGGUCUUUGUUUGAUGAUGCUGGGUCGGAGGUCCAUAGGGUGUCUUUGGAUAAGCGUAAAUUUGCCAAGCCCUUGAAGUUGAUGCUGGAAAAUUUUGAAUCCAAGGAUAAUUUUGAUGAUGAUGCUGUUGUUGAUCGACAAAGUGAGAUUUUUGAGUUGUGGAAGAUGGUGAAGGAUAGGCUUGCAUUGCCAUUAUUGAUUGAUCUUUGUGACAAAGCUGGAUUGGAUCCUCCACCGUGUUUUAUGAGGCUCCCCACAGAACUUAAGAUCAUGAUUUUGGAGCGUCUUCCUGGUGUUGAUGUGGCAAGGAUGGCUUGCUUGUGUACAGAACUGGAAUACCUGUCUGGCAAUAAUGACCUCUGGAGGAAGAAGUUUGAGGAGGAGUUUGGAGUUGAUGGGCGUAGAGCGGUGUUCUUUAAGGAGUUAUUUGCUUUACACUGGGGAACAAGGAAGAGAUCGAUGCGACCGGUUUUUCCUUUUCAAAUGAGGCAACGACCUUAUGCAUUAUUCCCAGCAAGGAGGGACCGUAAUCCUUUUGGAAUACCUUCAAUUGUGGGUGGAGACUAUGAUCGGCUCCCAGGAUUCGGUCAACAAUUCCCUACAUACUCACCAAGGCGGACUUUCCUCCCACCGUGUCACCGUGGAGGAUUCCAUCACUAGUAUGCUGAUUUGAAUUUCUCUUCACGAAAUCAAAUAUAUCUUGUUGAGUGCUGGGGCCAAAUCCUUGGUAAUAGUUUACCUAUUUCUACUUGUUUGUUUCUUGAAGAUCUUGUUAGUGUAAAUGCGGCAUAAGUGGCUGGUUGUAAGUACAAAGAUGAAUGGCUACUUGUUUAGGUGGUUGUUAAUAUCCUUACCCUUUGGCUGUUCAUUUGUUUUGGUAUUUUGGAUAUAUACAUAUACAUUUUAGUUAGGCUCUGAAUAGUUUAUUUUCAUAAGCCUUCAUGUACUAUCUUUGGUUUCUGAAGUGCACAGUCUACUAUAUUAUGAUUA